GUGUCGUACGUCGCUGUGUCGGCUCUAUGAUAGUCGCUCGAGACGCUUAGACAAUAAGGCCCCGGUGCGUGCAGUAGGGUUAGCCGAUGCCGAUGCCGAGCACAAUUUUAUUUUUCUUCGCAUGCAGUACUUAUGCAGUAAAACAAAUUGUUUGUGUGGUGUAAAUUGAAUAAACCAAGUGUUUGUUUACAUUGGUAAACAAUCGAUCUUUGUUUAGAACAGAGAAGAAUUCGCAGAAAACUGACAAGUUUUUGUGUUCUUCCUCGUGCGUGCUCGGGUUUGUGCUAACCUAAAACGGUAACUUUGCUGACAAGCAAAGUUUAUUAUAAAUAUUUAUAAACGAAUAGCAUCAUUUUUCUAUCAAUAAAAAAUACAAUGAAACUCUUAACGCAUAAUAUGCUGACAUCCAAGUGUCUGAAAGGGGUCACAGUUGGUUAUCCCUUGGGAAUUGAGGCGAAAGAAGUAAAAAUAUCUGAAGUUGACUACAACUCAGAAUUCAUUUCUAGGAUCAUUCCAAAAUUAGAUUAUACUGCGUUCUACAAAGCUGCCGAAAGUGUCGGAUAUGCAGGUGAUUUACCUCCACAACUGAUUCAAGAUUACGAGAAUAAUGAAGAAUUUCUUAAAAAAAUGCACCAUGUAUUGCUGGAAGUUGAAAUAAUCAAUGGAGAAUUACUCUGUCCAGAGUCAGGAAGAAAGUUUCCAAUAAGUGAUGGGAUACCUAACAUGCUUCUUAAUGAAGACGAAGUUUAAGCAUCGUUAACUUGACUUUUAAUCUUAUAGGAUUUUUUAAAUUUCAUACAAUUUUUACAAGAACCGGUUCAUCGCUUCAUUUUACUACUAAAAAUAGUAAAUAAUAAAAGAACAAGAAAAAUUAAAAUUUUUCUAAGCAUAAUUAGAAGAAAAUAAAGACAGCAAUCAACAUAUAUAUAAUUCUAUGCCAAAAAGUUGAAUAAGAAAAUUGAAAAAUUUUCAAAAAUAUGUAGAUUAUUACAUAGUUAGUAUCAAAUCUGUUUUUUUAUUAACUUAUGUUUUUAAAAAAAUGCUUUUUACUGUAAUUAACGUUUUAUUAUUAAAAAUAAUCAUACUUUUGACAAAUUAAUAUUUGUUAAGAAUCUAAUACUUUAAAGUAAACAUCUGACAGUUGAAAAGUAAAAUUCAAGUCAUUUCUAUAACAUUCAUUACUUUUUUAUAUAUGUAUAUGACUCAUUCAUAUACAUUCAUUUAAAUUUUAAUUAUGUAAUCUUUGUAAAAAUAACUAUAGCAUUUGAUAUAGAGAAUUAAUCAUAAGCAUGUAUGAAAUGUACAUAUGUCAUGAGUUGGUGAUCAUUGUCAUGUUUCUCACUUAGUUCAAUACGCACAAUUUAUGAAAAAACUUUACAAAUUGUUUAAUUUUAGUUCAUGCGUUGUGAAAUAAAACAAAACUAUUUUAAUUUUGUUAUUUGAAAAACACUUCAAAGAAUAUAUAUUGAAUUUCUAAGUGAAUAUCAAUACUUAAGCAAAGAAUAUGUAGAAUAAAUAAAAUAAAAGUUUGUUAAAAUAUAAU